ACAGGCCACUUGGCAUACGUCUGUCAGGAUGCUUUUCUGGUCGUUGGCAGCUUGUGCACUGACAUGGUGCACAGUGCAGGCAACUUAUGACGUGAUAUUCGAAGAUGUUGACUGCUCUCAAGUUAACGAGGAAUAUAUAUCAACAUGCGAGUUAGAGCUGGACUACGACAGUACAUAUGGGGCCAGUAUGAGCACGUACAUAGAGGUUAUUAAGGAUUUUCCCCCCGAUGUGAAUAUAAUAGCCGAUGUAUUCACGGUUCGAAUGGGUGAAUAUACGGUUGAUGUUGGUCUACACGUGGAAGUAAAUCUCUGCGAAGUUGCGGAAGAUCCGAAUUCUAUAGCUGUUCCGAUAUUAAGAGCAGUCGACAUGAACGGUCCUUGCCCACCAACAGCGGUUUGUAAAAUAAUUUGUAAAACGAAGGUGUAA